CCACAUAUUUUAUUCUUCUCAGACGAGAGAGAGAGAGACAGAGAGAAGUGACGGAGAGAGAUGGAACGGAGGACGGUCGUCCCGGCUUUGGCGACGGUGUCGUUGCUUCUUUGUUUUGGGAUCAUCGGAGUCGUGGCUGACGCUUCCAAUCAUCGUUAUAAGCCCGAAGAGACGGUUCCUCUUUACGCCAACAAGGUCGGGCCCUUCCAUAACCCUAGUGAGACGUAUCGCUAUUUUGAUCUCCCCUUCUGUUCCCCAGCACCUGUGAAAGAUAAAUUAGAAGCUCUUGGUGAAGUCCUGAAUGGUGAUCGCUUGGUUGAUGCUCCAUACAAGCUGGACUUCCGGGUUGAUUAUGAUUCAAAAUCAGCAUGCAAAAAGCAACUUACGAAAGAAGAAGUUGCCAAAUUCAGGAGUGCAGUAGAGAAGGAUUAUUACUUCCAAAUGUACUUUGACGAUCUUCCAAUUUGGGGAUUCAUUGGGAAGGUUGAGAAGGAAGGCAAGUCUGACCCAAGCGAGUACAAGUACUUCCUUUACAGGCAUAUUCUUUUUGAAGUUCUCCACAAUAAUGACCGUGUCAUUGAGAUCAAUGUUCACACGGAUGUCAAUUCAAUGGUUGACAUUACUGAGGAUAAAGACAUAGAGGUUGAUUUCAUGUACUCGGUAAAGUGGAAAGAAACAGAAACACCUUUUGAGAAGAGGAUGGAGAAGUACUCUCAGUCUUCUUCGCUCCCUCAUCAUUUGGAGAUUCACUGGUUCUCCAUAAUAAACUCAUGUGUUACAGUUCUUCUUCUAACUGGAUUCCUUGCAACCAUCCUAAUGAGGGUCCUAAAGAAUGAUUUUGUUAAGUAUGCUCAUGAUGAGGAGACAGGUGAUGACCAAGAAGAAACUGGGUGGAAAUAUGUUCAUGGUGAUGUCUUUAGGUUCCCUAUGUACAAGUCUUUUCUUGCUGCCUGUCUUGGUUCUGGAACACAGUUAUUUGCUCUUACAACCUUCGUAUUUAUCCUAGCCCUGGUGGGGGUAUUCUACCCUUACAAUCGAGGAGCACUUUUUACUGCAUUGGUGGUUAUAUAUGCACUAACUUCAGGUAUUGCUGGUUAUGUUGCCACUUCUUUCUACUGUCAGCUGGAAGGAACAAACUGGGUGAGGAAUCUGCUUUUGACUGGAUUUCUUUUUUGUGGGCCUCUAUUCUUGACAUUCAGCUUCCUGAAUACUGUAGCUAUUGCAUAUAAUGCUACUGCUGCGCUACCAUUUGGUACCAUUGUUGUUAUUUUUCUCAUUUGGGCAUUAGUAACGUCUCCUCUUCUUGUUUUGGGUGGGAUUGCUGGUAAAAACAGCAAAGCAGAGUUCCAAGCUCCUUGCCGAACUACCAAAUAUCCUAGAGAAAUUCCACAGCUUCCUUGGUAUAGAGGAGCUUUACCACAGAUGGCAAUGGCUGGUUUUCUUCCUUUUAGCGCCAUCUACAUCGAGCUUUACUACAUCUUUGCCAGUGUGUGGGGCCACAGGAUUUAUACCAUUUAUAGUAUUCUCUUUGUGGUUUUCAUAAUUCUUCUCAUUGUCACAGCAUUUAUUACCGUGGCAAUGACCUACUUUCAGCUUGCUGCUGAAGACCAUGAAUGGUGGUGGAGGGCAUUCCUUUGCGGAGGAUCUACUGGUCUGUUCAUAUAUGCGUAUUGCUUUUACUACUACCAUGCUCGGUCUGACAUGUCUGGAUUCAUGCAAACAUCUUUCUUCUUUGGCUAUAUGGCCUGCAUCUGCUAUGGCUUCUUCCUCAUGCUUGGUACCAUAGGUUUCCGAGCCUCGCUGUUAUUUGUUCGUCAUAUAUACCGGUCCAUCAAGUGUGAGUAGCUCUCCCAAACCCUCCACUGACUGAACGAAAACGCAGCUUAAUCCUCUCUUCAUCAUCUACAAAGUUUGAUGGGUUAUUUUGUUCACGAGUUCUACGAUCCCUCUUCGUGUUUUAUUGCUCAUGUUUUAUUCUAUGGGAGGGUGGCAAAAUAUGCGGCGGUCACGGAAGCGCUUUCUGGAGGUAUUUACUGCCAUCGCUUUUAAAACUGUUAGUUGUUUGUUUGUAUUGAACUCCUGUACUGUUAUUUUAUUAGUUCAUACGAAUUUUUCUUGUAAACGAAUACUGUUGCACUUUGAACCUCUUUUUUUGUUAUAAAAAAGCAGCAUUUCGUUCAUGGCA